AUGAACCACAACAUGCCUGGUAGGUCCUAUGCUGAGAUCGUAAAGGGGUCUAACAAAAAGGAUAAAGAGAAUAAUGAGGGGUUGGAAUUUCCGGGAAAACCUAUUAAGUUGCUAUCCUUCUCUGGUUCAAAAGAAGCCAUGCAGAAUACUUUGGUGGGGGAGUUAGAAAAUUUCCAAGCCCUCAUGAAUGUGAAAGCUUUCCAGGAGGUUGAGGGAUACCCAGCGAUACAGUUAAGAUACUUAGGGGGACUGAAGAUGCUCCUUGAAUUCGAAAGUUCCAGUGAGAAAGAAAAGUUCCUGUCCAACGGUAGAGAGAUUUGGCAACCGUGGUUCAAAACAAUCACGCCCUGGGACGUGGAGUGCAAUUUCAAUGAACAUAUUGCAUCUCUAAUCAUCCAAGGUGCACCUCAACAUGCUUGGUGUGAAGAAGCUUUCAGUAUCAUUGCGUCAAAUUCUUCUAUUACAAUCUCGGUGGAUGGAAUCCUGUACAAGAUAAAUGUAAUGGAGGAUAUCUUUGAAUCCCUAAAGCUUAGCCCGGUUCUCGCUGCAAACGAUUUCUAUCAGAAGAUGUCAUGGUGGGAUGAAGACAGCACUGGCGAAAACGAUAGUUUGUUUAGUGAAGCCCCGAUCCAACCUGAAGAUAUGUUAGAGUCACCGGAAGUUUCUCCGACGAAGGCUCAACUGCCACGCCAUCAAGAAGGGGGAGAGGAAGAGUCACAUGGAAAUGCCCAGCCUCGGGAACAAUGGAGUCUCCUCGUAACCCCAAAUCUGGGGAACCUCGUCAAGAGUUCGUGCCACCUCCGUUACUUGACUCCGCCCAAUUACUCACUGGAUCUUAAUAUAGCCCCUUCUCGAUUAAACCCAACUGAGUCCCUAGAUCAUGUCAUUGCUCGAUCCAAUAGUCUAUCACAUCCGGAUCUUGGUUGUUCGCAGGGUGGCCCCUCUCCAGGACGGAAUCCCCCCACCGGUGUCCCCCAAAACUCUCAGAGAGUCUCGUCGUCGUCCUGGUCGCAUCAUCCCCCUCAGCAAUCGGCCUCUCACAUCGUUUCAACCGAUUCAAAUGCCGGUCGCAAGAACAAUUGUUGUUGGAGAAUUCGUUGGCUUCCAAGUCGGAAACAGAGCUGA